AUGGCAGACAAAGCUCCACAGCAGACAGAUCUCAAUCCCAUCAGAGGGGCUACAGGUGGCAGGUCCACCCAGCAGAAGAGCAUCAUCUGGGGCCAGGGAGCACCUCAAGGGUCUGGAGAGGUAGACUGCGGACCAGGAGACAGACAGGUCCGGGCUUUGCCUGCUAAAGCCAUCCUAGGGAGGUCUGUUGAAAGAAGAGAGAGGCAGAGGGAAACUUGCUCCCCCUGCUGUGAGAGAAAGGGUCUGCACAGUCAGACCAUGACAGCUGUCUGGCCCUGGGACCAGUAUGUGAGUGUUAAUGGAGCCGCUCCAGGUAGUGAGGACGGACACGUCAGCCUCCAGGAGAGGCUAGUGUCCAGGGGUCCUUUCCCCAGGGAGGAUGAGAGAUCCCUUGGCCACAGUGGGCUCUGCUGCUCUUCUAAAACCGUGGAAGAUCCUCAUGCAAGGGGUGCUGCAGCCUCCCCUGGACCCUGGAACAUCCCCGGUUCUGACAAACUGCCUGGCACCCUGAGGUCCUGGACCUCCACAGUGAGCAGGUAG